CAAACCUCGAACGGAGUGAGGAGAACAAAAACUGGCAUUUUUAGAAAAUUGAGAAUUAUUUUACACGCCGACAACAUCUUUCUCAAACACCUUGCAGUCCCUGUCCCAGUUACCUCUCUCCUUACUCAAGCUUAUACUCUAUCCUCCUCAAAAACCCCUCCAACCCCGUCACUUCGCCCUUUACCUGCUCCCUCGCCCACCUUACUUCGUCCUCCCCUCCCUUCCCAAAAUACCCAUACUCUCUAA